GACUCCAAAACCUAGAAAGGGAAAGAGAGUGACGGAUAGAGGAGGAGUGGGACGAUGCAUUCGUUCGGCUACAGGGCGAACGCGGUGGUGACGUUCGCCGUCACGAUCUUGGCGGUGAUGUGCGGCAUGGCCUCCCUCUCCGACAACUUCAACUCCCCCUCACCCACCGCCGACGUGAAGGUUCUGAAUAUAAACUGGUUCCAGAAGCAACCAAAUGGAAAUGAUGAGGUCAGCCUAACAUUGAACAUAUCAGCAGACCUUUCAUCUCUGUUUACCUGGAAUGCUAAGCAGGUAUUUGUAUUUGUGGCAGCUGAGUAUGAAACUCCUCAGAAUGCCUUAAAUCAGGUUUCACUUUGGGAUGGAAUCAUACAAUCAAAGGAGCACGCAAAGUUCUGGAUUCACACCACAAACAAGUACCGUUUUACUGACCAGGGCAACAACCUAAGGGGGAAGGACUUUAACUUGACGCUUCACUGGCACAUAAUGCCGAAGACUGGCAAGAUGUUUGCUGACAAAAUAGUCAUGACUGGAUAUAGCCUUCCUGAGGAGUACAGAUAGAGAAUAUGUGCAGUUGGUUCGUCCCCCUCUUUCAGACUUCAACAAAUAGAUACAAUGUUAUGCGAUUCCAACCUAGACACCAGGUCUUGCAGAGGGUAGGAAUGGAAAUCAAUGACCUCUUGCUUCAGAGCCUCUUUGGAGGAUGUUGUACCUUAUCUUUAAUUUUCCGAUUGAUUUCCUAGAUCUCAACUAUCGAAAUGUUUUGAGCCUCAAGGAAUGAAAUGUGUUAGACUGAUCAUGUACAA